AUGCCGGCGGGCGGAGGCGACGAGGGCCAGGCGCCCCCUGGAGCCGCGCCGUCGCCCAAGCCUCCCUGCUCCUUGGGCCGGCCGCCGUCUCGGCGGGAAGGCGGUCCGCGCCCGCUGCUGCGCUGGGACGAGGUCCCCGACGACUUCGUGGAGUGCUUCAUCCUGUCGGGCUACCGGCGCCUGCACUGCACGGCGCAGGAGUGCCUGGCGUCGGUGCUGCAGCCCACCAACGAGACGCUCAACUUCUGGACGCACUUCGUGCCGCUGCUGCUCUUCGCCGCCAAGUUCUGCCGCCUGCUGCUGCUGCGCGGCGCCGGCGACGUGCCCUUCCACCACCCGCUGCUGCCGCUCUGGUGCUACGCGUCGGGCGUGCUGCUCACCUUCGCCAUGAGCUGCACGGCCCAUGUGUUCAGCUGCCUGUCGCUGCGCCUGCGCGCCGCCUUCUUCUACUUGGACUACGCCUCCAUCAGCUACUACGGCUUCGCCAGCACCGUGGCCUACUACUACUACCUGCUGCCGGGCCUGAGCCUGCUCGAGCCCCGCGCGCUCAGCCGCUACCUGCAGCAGCGCCUGGGCUGGCACGUGGACUGCAGCGCGCCGCUGGCCGCCUACAGCGCGCUGGUGCUGCCCGUGGCCUUCGCGCUGGCCGUGGCCUGCACCGUGGCGUGCUGCAAGAGCCGCUCCGAGUUUUGCGCCUACCCGUUCGCCAUCCGCACCUUCGUCUUCGUCAUGCCGCUCAGCAUGGCGUGCCCCAUCAUGCUCGAGAGCCUCCUCUUCGACCUGCAGGGCCACAACCCCACCUUCGUCCACUUCUACCGGCGCUACUUCUGGCUCCUGGUGGCCGCCUUCUUCAACGUCAGCAAGAUCCCCGAGCGCAUCCAGCCGGGCCUCUUCGACAUCAUCGGCCACAGCCACCAGCUCUUCCAUAUCUUCACCUUCCUCAGCAUCUACGACCAGCUCUUCUACGUCGAGGAGGGCCUGCAGCAGUUCCUGCAGGGGCACGCGCCCGCCUCGCCCACCUUCGCGGGCACGGUAGGCUACAUGCUGCUCUUGAUACUGUGCCUGGGCCUGGUCAUCAGGAGGUUUCUCAACGUCCCGGUAGCCUGCAAAACGAUUGAGGUAGCCUCCCCUUAUGGUUUCUGUUGCAGGUCUCGUUUUAAAUCGCCCAGAGGGUAUUUUUUAAAAAUAAUAUUUUAUUUUGCCGGCUUGCCGCAGAAAAACUCAAGGAGGUUGACUCUCUAAGAAGCCCUGGUACCUUUCAGAGAAAGGUGCUAAGAAGAGCACUGGAUUCGUCCAAAUCAAGCACUGAACUCCUAGGGGGAAAUGAACACUUCUGUUUCUCUCGAAACAAAUUUAGAUUUUAGAAAAAGGCGCUCGAGCUGCACCACUGUAUACAACUUACUCUUAUUUAUUGCUGCUUAGGAUACAAAGAAAAGCCAUUUAGGACCCUUUCUUGAACUCUCCUACAAUUUGAUCCUCAGUAAGUUUUUUGAAAGCAA